AUGGGUACAGAGCCAAACAUCCAGUCGGACGUCUUGGAUGAGAUUCGCGUCAGCCACGACAUGAAGCUUCGUCGCUGGUGUACCAUACGAGACGCAUGGCUUGUCUCCACCGAGUUGCAACCGAUCGUCAAUUUUUUCGACCCAGGCAACCGGUCCUCAUCUGCAAAGUUGACCGCAACGAGGGCGUCGACCCACUUCGCCCACAUUGAGACUGCGGCAGCCCAUCGUCAGGAGCACGCACAUCGUCAGAACCUUUCUAAACUCCAAGCCAAAGUAUUCCCGAUCGCCAGCGCCGAAUUCUACUACGUGACUAUCUGCUUCAUCGGCCGCAGCACCAUCGACCUCAAGGACAAGUCGAUGAACAGAUGGCAACCUUGGUACAAGCAUCUGUCCACGGUGACGUGCGAUGGUGAAAGUGGAUGUUUACUGACUCGUGUAUCGCACCACUCUCAGACAAGCACUCUGGAGCGUCGCAAACUAAGCCGUAGCGAAUGCAUCCGAAAGAUCACCGACAAGGCGACCGACGAAUCGCCCAUCGACACCGACGUCGUCAUCUGCUAUCACGGUGACUCGAGCACAACCGAUCGUCAGCCUCCCCACUACGGCUAUUGGGGUCAUGACACGUGCAGAGGCGCAAACAUCGAUUGCUUUUGGAUGCGAGCUCCAAACACCUGGAAAGGCAACGGUGAUGCUGGUGACAACAACAUCGCCAUGAAGAUCGAUGGAAAAUGCACUUAUAACAGAGACACUGUUACCGUCGAGUGCAAGUAG